GAUACUGGUCAGGGGAUACCUUGUUUUGAGAGGUGUUAGUUGACCAUAACAUGGAUGUCUAAUAUCAAAGAGGGUCGCCACAAACCAAGGCUACAUGUCUCUGUCAACUUAUUAGCUGGAGUUUAGCCGCCAUUUUGCCCGAGUCCUCCGCCGCCGCCGCCUUCGCCGUGAUGAGUACGCGCCCACGAGCAAUACCGCUAGUCAUGAUAACCAUGAGAAAAUCCAUUCAAGGGUUUCCUUUUCUUUCCUAUAUGAGUAUGGGGCUCUACUAUAAUAUCAACAUUACUGUAUUAUUGCAGGGCGGUACAGCUCUAAUAUCACAAGAAGAUGGCGCUGAAUUGUCGGUGCUUCCUCGAUACAACACAAAUUCCAUAGCAAACAAAACACUGAAAAGAAGAAGUUCGAGUACCACUUGUGGGCAGUUAAAUGUGACUUUGUUGGCGGCUGAGUGGGGUUCAAUAAAGCACGGUGACUUGUCAACCGUGAACAGGGAACUUGCUAUUAAUUUGGCCAAGGUCCAAGAGUGCAAGAAUGAAAAAGUGAAAGUGCAAGUCACUUUCUUUGUCCCAAAAUGUAGUCACCAGGAGAGGGGAGAAGCUAAAACGUUUAACGUUGCCAUCGCUGAAGCAAAGAAAUAUCCAGGUAUGGACAUCUAUACAUGCUUAUGCUUUCCAACAGGAGACCUUGCAAUAGACGUUGUUAUUGGUCACGACGUGAAGCUUGGCGGACAAGCGCAGAUUAUUAAAGAGCAACAUAACUGCAAGUGGGUGCAGGUAGUGCACACUGACACUAAAGACCCAAACGGCCAAACAGAGAACAAAGAUGUGAUUAAGCUGUGUGAAAAUGCAGAUCUUGUCAUGACGGUUGGACCAAAAUUAAAAGAAGUUUAUUCCAGUCAACUGCGCGGGUGUGAAAGAGAGGACAAUGUCUUUGAAUUCACUCCUGGCAUCAUGGAAGAACUGGAUAUUCAACAUGCACUUCACGAUAAUGCCACAUUUAAGGUGCUUUUCCUCGGUCGCACUGAUCUUAAGAACUUUAAACAAAAGGGAUAUGACAUUGCUGUUAAAGCAUUUAAGAACGAAUUGAAAGGCGAAAAUUAUUGUCUUGUGUUUGUUUGUGCACCCGAAAAAAGAGUGGACGAGGUAGCAGAAUACUUGAGAAGUGCAUUUGGAAUCCCUGAAGAGCAGUUUGAAGUCAAAGCAUUUGUAGAAAGUAGAGAAGACCUCAAGGGUCUGUUUCGUGAAGUGGAUCUUGCUAUCAUGCCAUCAAGGACAGAGGGUUUCGGAUUGACUGCUCUGGAAGCUUUUUCCGCUGGUUUACCUGUUCUUGCUUUCGACGUAUCGUUCACUGGAAAUACACCUGGACACAACCUGGACACUGGUUUCUUGGCUUCACGUCAAGCAGGACUUCUCUGGAUGUUGCGUGACGGCAAAGAAUGCUGCCUUUCUAUGUACUCACGCGCGAAAACAAACUCGGUAUCUAAUGAAAUGUAUGUUAAAGUCGUGAUGUGUUGA